AAUUUCAAAAUCGAAGUUGAUUGCUCCAAUGAUAAGUGAAGUCUCUAGAUUGACUUCAAGUGGAUCCUCAAUUGAUGCAUCUGCUAGUGCUGUGCAUAAUCAACGUACAUCUCAUGGUCAUCAGCCUGUUCAUUUCCCUGUUAAGACUGACGGUGAUCAUGCUAAUGUGGGUCGAACUAAGCCUUCCCCAGAGCACUCCAAUUUAGUCACUUCUGGGGUUAAUUCUGAGCCCAUUUCUGUUGAUGUGGAUACUCUUUGUGGAUCAUCAACAUCAUCAGCUUCAAGUGUUGAUGGCUGCAGUGAAUCUUCUUUCUCUGAGCCAUCUACAUCAUCAUCUGGCUUCUGGGAUGGAAAUCAACCGUACUAGGUCUAGAAUUGAUGCUGUUGAUGAUACAUCUCAUUCUUGUGAUGCUGCAGCACAUGUUGACCUCUCAAGUUCGGAAUUUUCUUCACCUUGUUCCUUUGAAUCGCCGAGAAGUGUUCUUCCCAGAAAGAUAUGACUGGGUUUUGUGAUGAGAAAGCAUUAUCAGAUGAUCCUCAUACUUCUCCGAGUGAAGAGAAGAAGCCAACAAAUGGAUCUUCAUCACCAGUAAAACUGAAUAAAGAUGAUUUGGCGUCAUCAGCACUAUGUUUGAAGAGACCUGAGCAUGUUGAUUUUCGUGAUUUUAGUACAAGAAAGGUAUUGAAGUCAGAGAUCCAGUAGACCAUGCCAUGAGUAAAGAUGUCAAGGCUGGUAGUUUACCUUCCUUGAAUUCUGAGAAGGUAAAUUGUAAGGUUGCUGGCCAAAGCAGUAUCCCCCAGGAAUCAAAAUCUGUGGAAGUAAAAUCUUUUUCAUCUAAAGCUUCUACUGAGCACUUGUCUCCAAACUACGGAACAUAUACAGUUCAAAAUGUGAAAUCUGUAAAAGCUGAUAGUGCUCAUGAGCUGCCUGCAUGUGCUUCAAGUUGUUUUGAUCAUUCAGAGAAUGCUCGGAAUAGCUCAAACCUUCAGUGUGGAAAGUUGUUGACGAAAUCCGAGCUUCUAAACUAACGCGGCUCGCUCCUUUAGGUGGCAUGGGCGAGAAUGUUGGAAAAUAUUAUAACAAGGGUCUUUUUCCAUACGAUCUGUUUGUGAAGCUUUACAACUGGAACAAGGUUGAACUACUUCCUUGUGGACUCUUGAAUUGUGGGAACAGCUGCUAUGCUAAUGUUGUCCUGCAAUGCCUGGCUUUCACCCCUCCUCUAACAGCUUAUUUUCUGCAAGGACUACAUUCCAGAGCAUGCAAAAAAGAGGCUGGUGCUUCACUUGUGAGUUUGAGAGUCUUGUUCUUAAGGCAAAGGAUGGAAAUUCUCCCAUCUCUCCUAGCCGUAUCAUAUCCCAAUUGCAAAACAUAGGGAGCAAUCUUGGGAAUGGAAGAGAAGAAGAUGCACACGAAUUUCUCAGGUGUGCCAUCGAUACGAUGCAAUCUGGUUGUUUGAACGAAGCUGGAAUAAGUGCUUCAGGUACUUUGGAAGAAACAACCCUCUUGGGGCUUACUUUUGGGGGCUACCUCAGAUCCAAGAUCGAGUGCAUGAGAUGUGGAGGCAAAUCUGAACGGCAGGAAAAAAUUAUGGAUCUUACUGUUGAGAUAGGAGGAGACAUAGGAACCUUGGAAGAAGCUUUGCGACAGUUCACUCAUACAGAGACAUUAGAUGGAGAAAACAAGUACCACUGCAGCAGAUGUAAAUCCUAUGAGAAAGAAAAAAAGCUCAGAGUGCUUGAGGCUCCUAACAUUUUGACUAUUGCAUUGAAAAGAUUUCAGUCAGGUAAAUUUGGGAAGCUCAAUAAGACAAUAAGGUUCCCUGAGAUUCUCGAUCUGGCUCCUUACAUGAGUGGGACGAGUGACAUCCCCAUAUAUCGCCUUUAUGGGGUCAUUGUUCACUUGGAUAUCAUGAAUGCUGCAUUUUCCGGUCACUAUGUUUGUUAUGUAAAAAACACUCAGAACAAGUGGUUCAAAAUCGACGACAGCAUGGUAAACGCUGUGGAGCUCGAGAGGGUCUUGACAAAGGCAUACAUGCUUCUUUAUGCUAGGUGCUCACCACGAGCUCCAAGAUUAAUAAGGAGCACAUUGGUUCCUCGUGAUCCAAGGAAAUCAAGGCAUCCAGAUUCUAAGCCAAGAUAUCAUCAUGCCAGGGGUCCAUGGACAUUCAUGCGGAUGAUUCGUCAAAUAAUGAGACCAAUGAUGAACGCGCUUGUCCAAAUUAUUCGAGUUUCCAGCCAUUCCGUACAAUUUGGGAAGAGGACUCUUCAAGUGAUAAAUCGUCCUCUUUCUUCUCAGAAGUAAAUUCUUGCAGUACGGACAGCAGUGCCAGGGAUUCAAUGUGUUCAGACGACCUUUUUGACCAGAUGCUAGGAAUAGGAGAUAUGGGGGUGUAUUAUGGUGGCAGUUCCUGGAGGAAUGCCUCUGAUUCUGAGACUUCAUCUUCCUCGUCAUCUCCAUCUCCCUUGUACUCGAGGCAUCCACUGCACGACUUGGAAGCUUAUGCUUCUAAAUAUCCGGAGGAGACUGACGAAUGCAUUGAUACUGCAGUACCAACUGUUGACGAUAGGCCAAGGCUUCCUGGCCGCACUGAAGUUGAGGUCACAGGAGGCAGGGGAACCACGCUGUGUCCAGACUCAGGCAAGGAAAGCACUCCCUUUUUGUGUCCUGACUCGACUAAACGGUGUAGAAAGCUAGGUAGCAGUAGUUGUAGGGAAACCGGCUCCAGUAAAUUAGGAUGGAUUAACUUUGAGAACUGGAAAUCUAGUGUAACUUUUAGACGACCUACGAGGGAAAGAUCAGAUUGAAUGAAUAUCUAUCUGGUCGAGCGGAAAUAAAAGAGGGUCGGAGGCUGGGGUUAGGGAGUGGCUGUAUGUAGUAGCAUCAUACUCUCUCUGGUUGGCUGCGUUCAAGAAAGAGCCAUCAUUUUGUCGCUCUCUUCCCUUUUAUAUAAUAUAUAUGUAUUUUUGCGGUCAAAAGUCCAUCAUUAGUAUGUAUAUAGAGUGUAAUGGCAAAGAGCAUUCUGGACCUCCUGUCCGAGGAUCCCUAGUUUUGGCAGAGAAUGGUUUCUGCAAUAAAAGGGAGAAGUAUUUGUCCA